AAUGAACUUAUUCCGUAGGUCACUGCCCCUCCUCCGCCGCUCCAUCUCCUCCAAGAUCCCUUCUUCUCCCACACCCUAUCUUCCUCCUUCUCUCGUAUCCAACCCUAACCCCACCGCCGGACGUAUCCCCAAUCCAUUCUUGACAUGGCGCCGGUACAACAACCUCGAUCAAUGCCAGCCCCAAGAAUGGUACCAUAACCGCCUUGCCAUCCUCCAACCCCUCGUUGUCCUUCUUGGUGUCAUAGUUGGCGGCGGAGGCAUCAUCUAUUACCGCUAUUUUGAGACCGUCCCUUUCAGUACAUGUAACUGCUCUCGCUUGGUCCUCCUCUCUCCUUCCGCUGAGCGAGAGCUCAGCAAGAUCGUGUUUCAGGAGUUCAAGAACAGCCUCGAAGGCAGGAUCCUCCCCACCAACCAUCCCGAUAGCAUCCGAGUCCGCCGCAUCUCCGAGAACAUCAUUGACGCCAUUCAACCAUGUCUCGAAAAUGACAGGCGCCAGUACUGGGGCUAUCUCAGGUCCGCUUUUGAGAUCCUAGCUCAUGAUAAGCUUAAGGAGACUAGGACGGCGGCGGCGGAGGCGGAGGCCCAGAAUUGGGAGGUGCUUGUGGUGAGUGAUAAGACUUUCUAUGCCUUUUGCCUUCCGUGUUGCAAGAUUGUGGUUUCCACCGGAGCUCUUGAUCAUCUCAGGACGGAUGCCGAGAUCGCCACUUUGCUUGGGCGCGAGGCUGCUCAUGUCAUUGCUCGCCAUGGUGCGGAGAUAGCUACAAAGGACUUGUGGUUGGAUAUUCAUGCACCAUGUCGUUGCUAUGGUAGGGAAUUAUUAAAUCCGUCUAAACUUCUGCAGCUACCGAAAUUCUUCAAAAGAAUGAGAAGAGAGACAGAUGAUAUAGGCCGCCUGUUGAUGGCGCAUGCUGGAUAUGACCCUAGUGUUGCACCAAGAGUUUAUGAAAAACUUCAGGGGAUCAAUAGGUUUACUUUAUGGGACUAUUGAGAACCACUCAUGUUUGCUUCUGAUUUCCUUCUUAAAUUGACCUUUCUUUAGUCUCUUCAUGUUUCUAUGCAGUACAAAUUAGAGUUGCAUCACUUAAUCCACUUUCAGAAAUAUCGUAACA